CGAAAAGGUAAAAAGAACACAAAAUAAAAGGGCGCAGAUAGCUGAAGACCUCACCAGAGGUAAUGGAGGGCUAGUGUGGACGUGCUUGUCCGUAGAGAAAAUGCAGUGCGCAGCAUGCUUGGCUAUUGGAUAACAAUCGCGGCGGAGCGGCUCCAGAGACUCCUGUAAAAGAUCUUUCAUGAAGGACCUGGACAGAGUUUUCUUUAGGAUUCCAUCAAUAAGCCAUGAACUCUGCUCCAUCAUCACUGGGGCUUCUGUCCGGAUACAAUUCCUCCAGCUCUGAUGAUGAAGAUGAAGCAGCCGACAAUACAUUUUGCCGAGCUCCAUCCAAGUCAAGUUUCUUUGCAGAUGCGACUUCCAGUAGUGAAGAAGAAGCAAACACUAAUAACAAAGAUAAGGCAGAGGAACCUCCAGCAUCUCAUCUUUCUCCAUUGCCCUCUUUCAGGCUCCCUGCUCCUUGUCUUAGUAACCAGAGUGGGUUGAGUUCCAGCAGUGUGUUCUCAAACCCAUUCCAAGAUGAGAAGCAGGCACAGCUAAGCAUCUUAGAAAGACAUGUCAAACUGAGUGAUGGCAAUUGGGCAAGGGGUGGAAAAGGUGUCUGUCUUGCUUACCAGAGAGAUGGGCGAUGUCGUUAUGGAACCAAAUGCAAAUACAGCCAUAGUAGUGACUUGCCUCAGGGAAGUACAGCAUUUUCACAGCGACCGAUCGUUGUAAAUAAUUCAAGCAAUAAAGUCUUAGAGAUGCAAAGUUUAGCAAGUGGGGAAGAACAAGUUGAGGAACCUCAAAGUGAUAAGGGAAAGCGAAAAAAGCCAGGACUCAGUGACACUCUGGUUCCCCCUAAAAGGUCAUUAAAAAACUACCAAAAGCAGUUGUCAACUGAUAGACCAUGGACAGUCUAAAAGUCUAAAUCCCAUACAUACUGGUCAUGUGACCUACAGUUUAUAUCUAAUUUGGUCAUAUAUAAUUAGGUCCUGUAGAAUAACUUUGUAUUUACAGUAUGGGCUGUAUUUUCUCUCUCUCUCCCUAUAACAACUUUACAUAAAUACAUUGUGUGAUUUUUAUUUUUUUUAUUUUUUAUUUUUUUUAUUGUGUGUGGUAUUUACCCUUCCAAGAUCUUACCAAAUUCUGCUUCUGUUCUCAGGGGUUAAAGGGGUUUCAUGGUCUUUUUUAGAUUGAUGGCCUAUUUCUGAUUCGCAGGGGCCUGAACCCCUGCACAACCAGUAACCAGUUGUUCUGCAGUAGCUCCGAUUGUCUGUUGCGAACAGAGCUGGUUAUUUCAGCACUGCUCCUAGUCACUUCAGUGGGAGCAGUGCUCCAGUAACUAGCUUUGUCUCUACACACAGUGGACCUGUGGUUCUGGUGCUGAAGCUAUACAACAUAGAAGGCUUAUCAAUAAAGUGCAGUCUUUGGGCUUAGACUCCCAUAUUGUUGAAUGGAUUAGGCAGUAGCUGCGGGACAGGCAACAGAGGGUUGUAGUCAAUGGA